AUGGAUCAAAAGCGUCUUCUCGAUCUAAGUAGAGGACGCUACAGCCAAGGUAGUGACUCGGACGAAGAUAAUAGUCUUGAUGCCGUUAAACAACUACUCGAUCUUCAAAUCAAAUUGAAGAGGGACCGACGCCGCUUUUCAUAUUCCAUGAUGGUCAAUGGCUUUCAAGUAUUGGUGAUACUUUUCUUGGUCACUUUCAUUGUUGGGGAUGGGUGGCCCUUCACCAUAAACUUCUGCCUGAAGCGCGUUAACACGUGGAGUCCUAUCCUAGAUCAAAUCAAGCUUGACAUGCAUGAGGCUAUCAAUAACGGCUCCAUCUGGGACUCGGGAAGUCCAUUCCAGCAAGGACCCUCUGAAGAAGCCGAUAAGGCAUGGCAUGAGGUUACCGCAUUGAAGGUCAUCCCACUGACCGGCGACGGCCUGCGUAAAAUGGGUCGCAACCCCGAUGAGGCUAUCAAGAUCCCUCCGGAAUGGGGCAUGGGUGACGAUCUCUACCCUGGCUUCAUGGAUAGCCAACACCUACUCCACUGCCUCUGGAGGGUUCGAACCUAUUCAUACUUCCCGUACUACUGGGGCCAUAUGUACCCCGAAGGGACUACCACACUCAACAUGUCGGCACUGGACCAGGCACACCUCAAUCAUUGCUUAUCUGUGCUUGUCGAGGCCCUGACGUGCCAGCCGAGUAUGCAAGUCGAGACUUUCACUCUGAUCUCAGAGAAAAGGCCGUUGACAAUCGACUGGAGAACCAAUCGUAAAUGUGUCAAUCACGGAAGGAUGCUGGAGUGGCAGUCCGAAGUUAGCACAUUGGAGUUUGAGGAGUUGAAAAAAAUCCCUCGAAGGCCAGAGCAGGUGGUCAUGAAGAAGCCUGAGGGCGUGUCUCCUGAAUUAAGUUUUCCGGAUGAUCUCUACCAAGAUGCACUGAAUCGCAAUGAUAUGGAAGCUUUCUGCGGGCCAGAUGCCCGAGGCUUUGCGCCAAAUUUCCGAAAACAUCUUCUGCCUCAAACAAUGCAAUGGCCGCCUCAGACCCGCGAGGAAUGGUACUCGGACUUGAAAAGUGGCUUUGUGGGGCAGAACUACGUGGAGUGGUACUCUGCGAUCGAAGCAUACUGGGAAGAUGUGGAGCAGAGAUCCGCCAUCGUUUGGUGCACCGAACGUGGAUUGUUCGUAGAGUCUCAGAAGUAUGAAAUGACGUAUGUCAUGAGGUACCAGUUCGACGAUCAAGACAGGCUUCUGAACCUGUGGGAGCUUACGGAUUCCUGUUUGCAGAAAGACUUGGUCGCCAGAUGGGAGCGUAGAAUGGCUGACAAGUCGCCUGACCACUAG